AUGUCAACGAAGGAAGAAAAAGCUGGAAUGUCUGGUGCUGGCACACCGAGUGCUGGUACGCCUGCAACAGGAAACGCAAAUGCGAAACUCAUCGGUACAUUGGAAAAUUUCGUUCCCAGUGCCGACUGUGAUGAUUACCUGGAACGAGCUGAGAAUUUUUUCGAGCUAAACGACAUCAAAGACGACGUUUUCAAGCGGAAGCUCAUCGUGCACUUUAUUGGAUUGCCUGCGCUCAAAAAAUUGCAACAGUUGUUGUAUCCGCAGACUCAUAAGGACGUGACGUACCACGUGGUCAUCGAAAAGUUGAAAUCGUACUUCAGCCCAAAGAAGAACCGCAUAGCGCAAUCUGUCGAAUUCUUCAAACGAAACCAGAGGGAACACGAAAAGGUGGCUGAUUUUGCUGUCGAGUUGCAAGCACUCUCGAAAUACUGUGUUUUUGGAGUGUAUCUGGAUAAGGCACUGAGAGACAAAUUCAUCGCUGGUCUCCGAAAGGGCAAAAUCCAAGGUGAGCUAAUGAAUAGUGCCGACGAAAUGACAUUCGAUGAAGCUGUCACGAAAGCCAAGAAUCUGGAACAAAUCGAAUCAGACCAGAUGAAGAUGAAGGAAAAACAGGAGUUUGCCAACCGCAUCAGCACGAGAAGUUACAUCCGAGGAAGCAGAUCAAAAUCACGUGGCCGAGAACAACAGCAAGGCAGACAAGGAAGCUCGAGAGAAAGAUCAACUUCAAGAAAAAACGGGGGACGUGGACGACGCACCAUCCGGUGUUUCAAUUGCUCGAAAAAAGGACACAUCGUGAGAAACUGCUGGAGCAAACCCAAUAUGAACGGCGUCAACAGUGACGAGGACGACAGCGACGAGAACGGCGUGACGACGCCAAACCAUGAGAACAACCUCAACCUGGUAUCCAGUUUGCCUCUAUUUAAAAAGAUCUGA